AUCCAAGAUGUUGGAGAUGGAUGAGACGGUAAAUAAGAAUAAUGAAACCCUGAAGAAGUUACGCCAGGAGAACACAGAACUCAGAAACCAGAAUCAGAAAAACCAACGCGAUAUCAGCUUCCUGAAAUCCACGAAUGAGGACCUGAAGAGCCAGAUAACGGAAAUGGAGGAAUACUACCUGAAAGAGACUCAAACCCUUCAGGAAACCAUCACAGAUCUUGAGGCUGAGAAAAACGAAAUGAAGGACAACAUGGUCCAGCUCCACGAGUACCAGGACCUGCUGAAAGUGAAGAUGGCGCUGGAUCUGGAGAUCGCCACCUACAGGGAGCUGCUGGAAAAGGAAGAGAGGAGACUUAAACCAUCUGAGCCCAGCAAUGACAACCCGAGUGACGAAGGCAACUGCUGCUCCCGUUAA